GUAUAAGAUGCGCAACCCAGUGUCAGAUCUGUCAAACAAUUUUUCCCAUCUUUUAGUUAUGUACUGAGAUGAGGAUUAGGUACUCCGUAUGUCGUGGGUAUUUCCCCUUUUACCGAGACACUACCCAUGAGAAUCGCACAAAAAAAGAUAAGAACGACACGGAAACGUUUACUAUCCGUGGGCGAUUCUUCUUGCAUGUGAUGCCCCAACUGUCUGUAUGUAUAUACGGUAUAUAUGUAUACACAAGUUUCCACAUGAGCUUGCUUGGGCUCUUUGAACAUGGUAGCUUCCUGCGGCCCCCCCUAUUCGCUGGACUGCGCUUGUGUGUUUUGGUAUAUGGUAUAUUAUCCACGUUACGCAGCCGUUCAAGUAAAGCCGAGAGCAACAAGGUGGUGAUUUGAGCAAGCUCGUGCACGAUACGAGAAAGCAAUACCAAGCUGCGAGUUCCCGUUGUCAGAUUUUUCGGACACUGUCGACUGUAGCUUGGCCCAGUAGAGCAUGUUCCCUACGUGUGCCGUGCUGCAACGCCAUGUAGGACCUAUGUAGUCUGCUAGCGGCACUCACUUCGUAAUUACUUCGUACUUUCAUACUGUAGCUAUGAUCUGAGCCGGAUCAUCA